AUGGCCCCCGGUGUCCAUCCUAAUGCUGCUCCGUUCUCUUUUUAUCUCCGUUCAUACUACGACAUUCCAGAUCCGGAUCCGAAGAGCCCACCACCACCACGACUUCAAGAAAUAGCGCGGAAACCCAUUGCAACUUCGGAAUCCUUCCGGUUUGUUUCCUUUCACAGCGGGGCGGGAGCGGUUGUGAACAGAGUACUCAUCACCGUGGUGGGAAUCCUUCGGACUGUCUUGGAGACCUGGCAUCAUUCCUCUUUUGAUGUUGCUGGCAGUUUUGACUUUGUUGGUCUUGGGAUUGAGUUUGAGGGUCGAUUCCAGUUUGGGUUCCUGUUUAUUUCGCUAUUCCUUAAUCUAGCUGAUGAGGAAUAUUCAGAAUAUUUCAUUGAGUUGAUUUGUUUGUCAACAAUCUCUGAUGACCGCUUCGAGGCCUUAUCUUUUCUAGGAGGCGGGUUUAAGGGCUGUCAGAGCACCGGUGAACCCCCUGAAGAACCCAGAAGCUCUACGGGAUAA